AUGGAUAAAACUCGUGUUUUUGUUGUUGUUGGCCUUCUAAUAUGUCCAUUUAUUUUCUUCUGUGUAUUUUCUCCUAAUCGAACGGUACCAACUCAAAUAUUUCAAGUUGGAACUCAAUUAAAACCGGCAGAACCAAGUAAUUUUUCUGAGGAAUGGAACAAAACAAUUCAUAAAUAUCUCAAAUUUCCUCUCAAUAAUCAGUAUGGUUCACACGCAAUUGUUCUUCUUGCUGCUGCAUAUGCAACCCAAUCAGGUGCAAUAUUAGAACUCGGUAUGGGAUCAACAAGUACACCGUUAUUACAUCGUUUAGCAAUAGAUCAGAAUCGUUUCCUUCUCUCCGCGGAUUCGGAUAUGCGAUGGGUUAAUCAUUUUUCAUCUCGUUAUGGAAACAACAGUUUACACGUAAUGAAACAUGUCGAAGUUGAAAGUGAAAUGGGCGUGGAAUGGGCUCGAGCAGAUAUAUCCGAUGCUGCACCUUGGUCAAUCGUCUUCAUUGACCAUCGACCCGGACCACGGCGUCAGUUUGAUUUAAUUGGUUACAGUGGUAGAAGUACGCUAGUCAUUUUACAUGAUACAGAACAAACACAGAUGUAUAACUAUGGCCUAGGAUUACCAUAUUAUCGUCAUCAAUAUCGUUUUACUCGGCUAAAGACUUAUACAGAUGUUUUGAGCGCAAAGGAUGAAGGAUUGGUGAAAAAGAUACAAUUCCUACUUGACACAGUUCCGGAUAGCUUUUUUGACAAUACCACUUCAACACUAAGUAGUUGA